AUGCAACUAGUGGACAAGAAGUGUGAGAAGACCGCAUUCUUCCAAAACUAUAAUUUCUUCCUCCUGUCCCCAACCACCAUUUUCCACCACCGCUUCACUCAACUCCUCCUCAUCACCAUCCUCCUCUACUCUGCCCUAAAGCCACUCAUCUGCCUGUGGAGGAUGGCAGAGCACCGGCAUUCAAUCAACCAAUGGAAUCGAAAGGAUCAAAUUCUCACAGGGAGUGUCGUGGUUGCUAGUGCUCUUCUGAUCACUGCCUCCUUCUUCAUCCCCGGUAUCUCCUGGCUAUCCUAUGGUCCUCAGCUCCAUGAUGCCAAUUGCCUCUCCAUAAUUACUCAACGGAACCAACACAUCGAAGCCUUCCCUAUUGUGGGCUUUGCGUAUGGGGAAUACAACAUCGUGUCGAUCGUUCUAAUGGGAUGGAGCUUGCUAUUGAGUCUCGGAUAUACCAAAGUGCUCUACACCUUGGCAACCCAUAAGGAAAGUCCGAAGAAGCCACGCCAGGCUUUGAUUGCCGGUGGGCUCUUCGAGAUUGUCUUUCAUGGGAUCACCGUUUUGGCUCCAGUCGUGGUGUUGAUCCCUCUAUCCGUCUAUUUUGGUAUGGAAAUCAAGAUCGGAGAGGCGUUUGGUGUUUGGAUCAUUGUAAUGGCGGGCCUCGAGGCAACUGGAUCGUUUUUGGUGGUGUGGAAGAUCAUGUUCAACGACCUGGCAACUCUUCUCCCUUCAUUGGUCAACUUUGUUUCAAUCGUAUUGUUCUUAUUAUUUUGGUAUAUCCUCUUCAAGACUGAGAAGCCCAAGACUAUACCACAAUACAAGAUCAUAAUCCACCUGACGACUGCUUAUAAUCUAUUUCUGAUGAUGGAAACUUUCGUGUUGAGCCCGAGUUAUCAUAUCAAGAACAAUGCAUUCUCCAUCGUCUUCUCAUCAAUUCUUCUCCCGGACGAUAGCAUCCCCAGAUUCUUCCUAAUACAAUAUUGGUCCCUAGUCUCCACCAAAUUCACUAUUCUGCUCCUCAAAAUUAUCGCCCUAGAGAUUUUGAUCACAAUGUCCCCUAAAGGAUAUCGACUUUUCAUUAUCUUCGGAGUACUCACCGCCCUAACUCUUAUUAUCAACGGAAUAUUUGCUUCGUGUUUCUGGCAGCCGGCGGAAACCGAUAUUGCGGGUACUAUUGGAGCAAUCAACACAUCUCAAAACUGGACUACAAUGCUUCCCCUGGCAUUAAUCGUUAUUACUAUGGCAUUCCUUCCAUACGAAUUAUAUCGCCUUCGCCUGGCGAAAAUCAAUAGAGAAUUCGCCGGCUUCAUUCCGAGCUCAACAAAAGCUGAGAUCAGAGUCUAUUAUCGAUCAAUAAUUGCUGAAAUGAUUGUCGCCGUUAUUUUCGGGUAUCUGCCAAUUAUAGGCGUCUAUAUUCUCACUCUGCUUGGUCUGGGACACGAGGAAAUGGGACGCUUCUAUUUAAACUAUUCAAUCGGUGGUUCUACGGUGGUCGAGUCUAUUCCCCUCAUCUAUUUUCUCAGAAAACAGAAAGGUGGGUCAUUUGUGAAAUUCGUAGUACACAUUGAUAAAGUUUGA